GUGGAUUAGAAGUGUACAGUUAGUGAUAAUCGGAUCAGGCGAGAGAAGACGCUUGCGUUUGCCUGUGGAGGCUCCAGUGUUGUGGUCUGGGCCUCAAUCCUUAAUUGUGUCUUCUCAUUGGAUUACUAAAUCCAACCACAACCCCCAAUGAUGAGUUAUGCUGAAAAGCCUGAGGACAUAACUCGAGAGGAAUGGAUGGAAAAGCUCAACAACGUCCACGUUCAGCGGGCAGACAUGAAUCGACUUAUUAUGAAUUAUCUGGUGACAGAGGGUUUUAAGGAGGCAGCAGAGAAGUUCAGACUGGAAUCAGGAAUCGAGCCAAGUGUUGACCUGGACUCACUAGAUGAGAGGAUAAAGAUCAGGGAGAUGAUUCUGAAGGGCCAGAUUCAGGAGGCCAUCGCACUGAUUAACAAUCUGCAUCCUGAGCUUCUUGAUACUAAUCGCUACCUGUACUUCCAUCUCCAGCAGCAGCACCUGAUCGAGUUAAUUCGGCUGCGGGAAACCGAGGCGGCACUGGAGUUUGCACAGACACAGCUGGCCGAGCAGGGCGAGGAGAGCAGAGAGUGUCUGUCUGAGAUGGAGCGUACGCUGGCACUGCUGGCCUUCGAUAACCCCGAGGAGUCACCGUUUGGAGAUCUCCUCAACAUGAUGCAGAGACAGAAGGUAUGGAGUGAAGUAAACCAAGCAGUCCUAGAUUACGAGAACCGAGAGUCGACACCCAAACUGGCAAAACUCCUAAAACUUCUGUUGUGGGCUCAGAAUGAACUGGACCAGAAGAAGGUCAAGUACCCUAAAAUGACUGAUCUGAGCAAGGGCACAAUCGAGGACCCCAAAUAGAGAGGAAAACAAGAGCUGCUCAGUGUUACCGGUGUGGGAAAUAAAAUUGACUUUUUUUUUUU